UCCAAUCGCACAGGUUUGCAGCUCAUGCUUGGAGCAACAGAUGCCACGCUGUGGAAUAAAGCCCUUCAGAGCGGGGGAGGGUGGAGGAGUAGUGUGGCAAACUCCACUCACAGCAAGAUCACUGCUUGUGCAUCCACUCAUGGAGAGACUUUCGGUCCUCACUGUUUGCGAUAACCAUCAGAGAAACCCGAGGCUCACGACUUUAUGAUUUUCACCACGCGCAAAACAUGCCGUAAAACCUGCUUAGGGCUCAUCUGACAAAGUUGGCUGGCUGUCCUGGGACAGAACAGAUUAAAGGGGAUAGUACAUGGAUAUUUCUCAGUCGCUGGUCAAUCUCGGCUGUGAGAGCAUAAAAUUGACCACUACUUAAGCUGUUAAUCGUGGAGAAACUAAAAGAAAAGCGAGCAAGUGGGCAUGCCACCCAAGAAAAAGGGUUCGGCGGACCGUCAGGACUCAGGGGCCACUGAGGAGAAGGAGAAGAAUGCCCAAGUCCAGCUGGAAAAGGCCAAGUUUAAGCCUGUUGCUUUCGCCGUGCGCACAAACUUCACCUACACUCCUGCAGAUGAUGACAACGUCCCCAUACCAGGGCACGGGGUUUCUUUUGAAGCUAAGGACUUCCUGCAUAUCAAAGAGAAAUUUAACAAUGACUGGUGGAUUGGACGGCCUGUAAAGGAAGGGGGAGAGGUUGGUUUUAUCCCCAGCCCGGUGAACCUGGAGACGAUUCUGAUCAGAAGAGAGGUGCAGGCCAGGAAGGCUGCCAAAGCGCUGGCCAAUAAAGCGGCUACUGCUGCCAAAGAUGAUUUGAAUGCAAAGAAAGCUGCUCCACCACAAACAGUUCAGCAAGUGAAGAAAAAAUCGGGAGAACAACUGGCUGCAUAUGAUGUUGUGCCUUCCAUGCGUCCUGUGGUGCUCAUGGGCCCUUCGCUCAAAGGUUAUGAGGUUACAGACAUGAUGCAAAAAGCGCUCUUUGAUUUUUUAAAACACAGAUUUGAAGGAAGAAUUACUAUCACCAGUGUGACAGCAGAUAUUGCACUUGCCAAGCGAUCGAUCCUCAACAACCCCAGCAAGCAUGCCAUAAUGGAUCGCUCCAACACCCGCUCCAGUUUAGAUGCUGCGGCCCAAAUUCAAGGAGAGGUUGAGAGGAUUUUUGAGUUAGCACGCAGUCUACAGCUUGUGGUUCUGGAUGUCAUACAUCCUCUCCAACUAAGCAAGACCUCCUUGGCCCCGAUCCUGGUGUAUGUCAAGAUUUCAUCACCCAAGGUGCUGACAAGACUGAUAAAGACCAGGGGCAAAUCUCAGACUAAACAUUUGAAUGUUCAGAUGGUGGCCGCAGACAAACUGGCCCAGUGUCCCAAUGAGCUGUUCGAUGUCAUCUUGGAUGAGGACCAGCUGUCAGAUGCCUGUGAACACAUUGCUGAUUAUCUGGAGGCCUACUGGAGAGCCACACACCCUCCUGAAAUGGAGCCUCCCAACCCCAUGCUGGAGAAACUGGCAGAAAACACACUCCCCACCAGUCCCACACCUGCUAAGGAUGAACAGAAAAGCAAGAAGAUGGCCGCCACCAAGAGAAAAGGAUCUCAAGAGCACCAGCAGGAGCACCAGCCCCAGGCUCAGGAGACGAGAGAGGAGGAGGAGGAGGAGGAGGAGGAGCAAGAGGAAGUGCAGGAGGAGGCCGAGGAGGAGGAGAGGCUCCUUCGUAGUGAGCCAAAGAGACACAGCCGUCACCACCAACAUCAUCAUCACCACCACCGCUCCAGCACCAGCCGAUCAACAGAGCCCCACAACAAACACCAGCACCACAUGCGCCACCAGCAGCCCACCGACAUGGAGCUGCUUCCUGCUAAAGAUGCUUCGUACGUGGAGUCCCGGAGCAGGCGCACGCUCCCGGUCGAGGGUGACCCGGACCAAACCGAGGUCUACCACAAUAGGACUACAACUCAAAGGGACCAUAACCACCACCAUCACAACCAUCACCACCGACAUCACCACCACCGCCGCGGGACCAUGGACGUUCAGCCGGAUUAUUCCCACCAUGGACAGCAGCACUACGAGCUGGAGCACAACGAGCACAACAGGCAACAGAGACAGUCGAGCCAGCUGCGCUCGCACAAACAAUCGCACCACAAUCACUAUAACUACCAGGGACGGGAGCGGGACAGAGAGAGGGACAGGGACAGGUGCGUCGAGACAGAAGAGUGGACUGAAGACAUGUACAUUCAUCGCUGAGAUGGACGUUGUUUUAAUGCUGCUAUGUGAAAUGCUGGAUACUGUGUACUCAGGACAACAUGGUUUCUCUUUCUUUAUCCAUUCUGCUGCGUUAUCGCCUCCUCUGGUCCACACCUAUUGUAAUUUCCUAGAUUUUCAGUUUUCAUUCACAUAAUUCUGUGUUCCUCGGGCUUUAGAUUCGUGUCUUGCUAUCAGGGCCUGACUGCUGCAUUUGUGAAAGAUUUCAGCACAUAGGUCCUUCCAAUCCUUAGUAUGUGGUUACAUCUUUGCUGGUUACUGUUGCUGUUUCCUGAUAUUUACAUAUGCAAACUGGACACGUCUUAUACUGAUAUGCUCUUACCCAUGUUUAUUUGUUGCCCCUGAGAAAGAUAACUGGAUUUUUUGACUUCUGAUUUUUUUUUUAUUUUUUAUUUUUUCAGUUGGCCUUUUGUAGAACGUGCUUCCACACUAGUGGUAGAUAUGAAAAUAUUAAGAAUAUAGUAAGUGACUAGCCAGACAGAAAUCAUCAUUUUGAUAUUUUCAUAUCUGAGAAAGAAUUUGGGAUUAAAUGGGUUAAUUUCACAUUCACAUUGUGCUGCUAUUGGCUGCGUGAAAUUUAGGCAAACUAAAGAAUUCUCACUUGGGCUUUUCUCCUCUUACAUGGAUUGGAAGGUCUGUUUUUUUUUUUUUUUACCAGCAUUCAAACAAUGACAGUUCAGUUUAGUUAUUUUAAUGAUUUUUUCCUCCUUAUUUUUAACAUACAGUAAGAGUGCUGCUUUUUAUAAUUAAAAUGUGCAAGGCUUCCAGGGUCA